UCACUGUCGAGGACUGAUAACUCUUGAUAUCAGUUUAGGGUUUUUUUUAAUUUUAUUUUCUUCUCAUAUCCCUCGUACAAAUGACCCGGGAGCAUUCAGGAGACAUAACAAUGGAUGAAACAUUGCAACACCGACCUGUUACGUUUUCAUUGUCAGAUUGGAUACGCAACGCGAGGAAAGGGGCUCGGGAGACUUACAAAUCGAAGCCGAUAUCUCGUUGGAUUCUCCUUGUCCUCAGCAGCCUUUCGAUGCUCAUAGCCUUCCCGGCUUCUAGCCUUCUGUCUCGAGUUUACUUCUCCAAUGGUGGUAAAAGCAAAUGGAUCAUUUCAUGGAUAGCGGUGGCCGGGUGGCCGAUCUCUCUUCUGAUUUUACUACCCGUCUAUGUCAUUCGCAAGAAAACGCCGACUCCGCUUACUAUGAAGCUCCUCGUUUCUUACAUCGUACUAGGUUUCUUGAGUGCAGCAGACAACCUUAUGUUUGCUUAUGCCUAUGCCUACCUCCCUGCUUCAACUUCUUCUCUACUGGCAUCUUCCUCCUUGGCGUUUUCUGCGCUGUUCGGGUAUUUCAUUGUCAAGAACAGGAUAAACCCUGCAAUCGUAAACUCGAUCAUCAUAAUCACUGCUGCUAUGGCUAUAAUCGCGUUGGAUUCAAGCUCUGAUCGGUACAGUAAUGUAAGUACCCACCAAUAUAUGGCAGGUUUCUUCUGGGACAUAAUGGGAUCUGCACUUCAUGGGCUCAUUUUCGCCCUCUCAGAGCUUGUGUUCGUGAAACUUCUCGGGAGACGGUUCUUUCACGUCGCAUUGGAGCAACAAGUGAUGGUUUCCCUCUUCGCCUUCGCCUUCACCACAAUUGGGAUGGUCCUGAACAAGGAUUUCCAAGGGAUAAGCCAUGAAGCCAGAAGUUUCAGAGGUGGGGAGUCUCUGUAUAAACAGGUCCUCGUCUGGCAAGCGGUCACGUUUCAGCUUGGUGUCCUUGGAGCAACUGCAAUACUCUUUCUGGCUUCCACGGUCAUGGCAGGCGUCCUCAAUGCCGUGAGAGUGCCACUCACGAGCAUAGCCGCUGUCAUAUUGAUGCAUGACUCAAUGAGCGGCUUCAAGAUCUUGUCUUUGCUCCUCACGUUCUGGGGAUUCAGCUCAUACAUCUAUGGGAGCUCAUAUGCAAGUAAUCAAGCUUCCUCUCAGUCCUAAUUCCAGAUUCUUAUUCUUUCAAUUGCAGAUUGAGUAAACUC